UUUAUUCCCCGUGUUCACUUAAACAGAGUAUAGUGAUGAGAAGGAUGAUUGUGCAAACCGAGAGAACCAUGAGCUGCCAGAUUCCUAUGAGUAAAUGCGGUGUUUAAUUGCAAAGUCAGCCAUGCAAUUUAAUGCUUCCACACUACCGAGGCCUUCCGCGGAUCUUAGAAUUCUGCUUUUCCCACCUACGUCUGUCCAGUUUUUAUAUAAGGUGGAAUUGGCAUAGCUAGCUUCCAUAUAACACAUCUUGUGACUGUAAAAACAUCUGGUUUAGGUUCACAUGGAGACGAAGAAGCUCAGAGUAACAGUCCAGGUCCAAGUGCUGUUGCUGAUCAUGGCGAUGGUGGCUUCACCUAUCAUGAGUUGCCCACCCACAGAUGGAAAGAGUUGCAAAGACUGCCUUGUAAACCAGAUGAAAAACGCCUGUCCAUCCUGCACGCCAAUCCUACACUGCAUGGCUCGCUGCUUGUGGGAUGGCACUUCAAGGCCCAAUUGCAUCACCAAAUGCAACAUCAACACCGCUUACCCAACACUCUCAGAUUGCAAGAGAUGCAUGUCCAAGUGCAAGUGCAGCUGUGCCAACUAGCACACCUUCCCCACUCAAAUUAUCACAUUAUCAGUCAUCUCAGUUACUGGUUUUGGCUCCUUAACUGUGUUUUUUAUUGUGUAAGUUAGUCUAAUAAUCCAUGUAUCCUGCACUUGUUCUGAAUUUGUCAUCAUCAGUUCAUUCUAGUAAGUUGAAACCCAACUUCUUUAAUU